GGAGACUCGCACACAGCGCUGCUUGGGAUCCAUCGCGCACAGACUGAUCCAACAGAGACACACCCACUCCCACAUACACACAUUCACCCACAAGUACUGCGGCAUGGAUUGCAGCGCUGCCCACAAUUCUACGCCGCACUUUCCUUGCUUGGUGUUGUGAUUUUAUCUUCACAUAUAUAUAUAUAUAUAUAUAUAUAUAUAUAUAUAUAUUCUCCCUUUUUUUAGAUUUUUAGUUUUUGCGCUUUAACGGGUGGAAGGUGUGGAGAAGGAAGGGAGUUUCAUUUGUGCGGUGAAAGGAUUGGAGGUGAAGAACGGAGACCUAGUUGGUGGCGAAGGAGGAAGGGGGGCGGUUUAGGUGCCUGUAGAGGAGCGAUGCAGAGGGAGUUCAGGAGGUUUUCUACGAAGGUUUUUCUCUGUCGAUUUCUUAAUCCUUUCUUAGCUCUAACCCUUCUCACACGCAAUCUAGACCUAUUUAGAUCGAGCAAAUUGAUGUUUUCCAAAAUUCUGGUACUUAAUUUUGGUAGGACUUCAAAUAGUGCUGCCUCGUAAGGGUUGGGACUUUGCAACUAUAUAAAAAGAUCUAGCAAGAUGUCGAACGCCAAGCAACAAGCGAAGGAGAAGGAAAUGGCUAUGAGUGUAUCAAAUGUUUAUCUUCACGUUGUAGAAGACGUGAUCAACAAUGUGCGCACCGAUUUCCAGAGUGAAGGAGUAGAUGACAAUAUUCUGAAUGAGCUGCAGUCGCUCUGGGAGCUGAAGUUGGUGCAGUCAGGUGCAAUUCAAGAACCUUCUGCUCAUGACGCUAACCCAGCAGCCAAACCUAUCCCUCAAACAGUAGCUACUCCAGUACUCGAUUUAAACGGACCAGUAGCAGCCGAGGAAUACGAGGCUCCGCCCAAUUACUUCUCCCAGGCGCCUGCAUCAACCUCUUCUCGGGAGCCUGUUGUAUUUCAGUACAUGCCUCCAGGCCCCAGAGAGGAAUCCUUGCAAUUAAACUCUGGUCAUCAGCCUGCUUCUAGGAUUGGAAAUGGAGCGCCGAGUUCUUACAUGCAACAGCCAGCUUCGUGGAUGAAUCAAAAACAUCGUGGAGUUGAAGUGAAUAUGAAUGAAACAUAUGAAGAAAGAGCAGUAGAUAAUGGUCUAGCACAGGGUCUCAAUACAGCUCAGGGUGCCCCUCCUAUAACCAAGGAUUUUCUUACCAUUUCUACAGGCAAGAGGAAACAUGAUGAAAUUUCCUCUGGAAACUACUACAUCCCACAACGAGAUGGUGCUGCGGAUGUUGAGUUGUCCACAUUGGUAAGUGAGAGCUGUCAAAACGAGGGCCCCGAGGCAUUGGAAAGAUGGAUAGCAGAGAAAAGUGUUGGUAGGAACGAAGAUUUACGGUUGUGGUCUCUAUAUAGAGAGAAUGCAGAUGCCGCAAUUGAGCAUCUAAUACACGCCAAAUUUUCGCAGAAACUUUCGUCUUCACAACUUGAUGGUGUUGAUGACGAAUACGAUGGUUACCAGGGUGUCGCAGAGGAUUACAAUGAGCCUGAAGAGGACGACCUCUCGGCACCAGAAGCGAAGUUGGUAGUAAAUUCUGAACCAACGGAGUCAGAGGGCUCUGAACCUCCACUAUGUGAAGACGAUGACGAAGAUGACGUCGAUGAUGCUGACCAUGGUGAUGAUGAACCGGCUACCAAUCAUCUGGUGCUUGCCCAGUUUGAUAAGGUAACCAGGUCGAAGAACAAAUGGAAGUGUACUCUAAAGGACGGUAUCAUGCAUUUAAAUAAUCGUGACAUUCUCUUUGUAAAGGCAACCGGGGAAUUCGAAUUUUGAGUAGUUUGUUAUUUUGAUGGUUGAAGGAAGUUUCACAACUGCGGAGGCAUUGUGUUUGUAAAGGUCUUAAACGCUAUAAACAGUGGGCCCAAACGACCUGAAAUAGGUUGAUUCGCUUUUCUCAAA